AGCAGAACAUCGCAAGUGACAAGUCGUGAAAGCCCAUCAAAGAGUAGAGUAGUUGUAUAACAAGACAUUCGAUAAUAAAGUAGUGCCCUUUCGAAUGGAUGUGUGGAAGUGUUUGGAUGUAUAGCGGUCACUUCAAUAACGACAUAUCAUUUAUUUCAUAGUUAGUAAAACAAAUUUACAUUUGGCUACAUGACAAAAUGUCGGGGCAGGGGUCGCAACGGGUCCGAAAAUCAUCGCCCUGCUCUUCAUCCAAGCAGGGUCCAAUGCGAGCGACUUUACCAAUGUCUUCUUUAUUGAGGCAAAGUAGCAAUUUACGGAAAAGUAAAAGUAAUAGCCCUACGUUAUCGCCGACUUCUGCGUGGAAAACAAGGUUUUCACCGGAGGCAUCUUUAUCGGGACAGAGAAGCCCUGGAUCUGUGAGUUACAAAGGGAAAUCAAAAACAUUAAAUUCACGAUCAAGCCACAAUUUUGGUAGUAGUGUGAUUCGUCGUACAGCUUCUCUGGAUGCUAUUUACCUGAAAGGACAGUGGCCGAGGGAGAGCUUCUAUAUGUACUGUGGACAUUUAUUGGUGGAUAAAGCGACACAGACUGAGGAAUGUGUUGGUGAAAAUAGGAAGACACACAGAUACUCUGAAAGUAGUGGAAACGAAGACAAAAUAGAGAAAUACAUAAGGCAUAGAAUACAACGGUCAAGUAAAGAGGGUACUAGUGGUAGAGAGCGAGGUGCUGGGCCUGCUUUGCCAUCUGUGCCAUCUGCAGAUAAUGCCACCAUGUCUGGUGCAGGAGCUGGGUCUUCUACAGCUGCCCCACUGCCAAAGGCAGUGCCGGUGAACAUUCCAGUGAAGCCGGUGGUGCCUCGCCCACCCAUGAGGAGUUCCAUCGAAGGGCUCAACCAGGAGAUAGAGCGACUUGUUUUGAAAGCUGCUGGUCCCCAGGAUGCUGAGCGAGAGGAGGAGAAGUCCUAUCAAGCCACCCCUGAAGGUCAUCGUGCACCAUUGGCAGAUCUGUUGCGUUCCACUCGCUCUGUUAACACUCAGACACCUGCUGGUGGAGAUUUCACUGGCAGCUCCCAGUCUUCAGGCUGCAGCAGAGGUUCAUCACCCGACCAGGAGGCCGGGAAAUUGGGGACAUCCCCACACAUUAACAAGUUCCUGGCGCGAGAGCCGCCUGACGGCUGUGAGAAGGUUAACCUCAAAUUUGUGGAGGAAACAAGACGACCUAUGAUCGACCUGAGCAAGCUGGAUUACUGCCCGUUGAAGCCUUGUGUGACGUUCCAAUUGAGGCCCAGCCUUGGGUCGGCGUUCCAGCCACUACAGCAAGUGGCGCGUGCCGAGCCAGUGAAUGGGGAGCUGAGCCCCAGUGCUGCGCCGGCCAGCAAACCGCUAGUGCCACAUGGGGGAGCUGCCCCCUCCCUCAGUAAUGACCACAAUAAUGAAAAUGCAGGGAUUUAAAGUUCUUUGUCAUGUAGAUUUUUGUUGUAAACAGUAAUGUGAUCUGCAUCACAGGCAAACUGCCGAGAACACCAUUGUGCACUGUCUUGAUGAACUCUACUGCUUAUUUUUAUCUCACACUUUGUUCCAAGGGACUGGGAAAGUGAAAGAUCUUGGUUUUCAUUAUUUCUCUACGUUUAUGUAUUCUUGUACUACUGUUAGGUAUUUUUCAUGAGCCAAUUUUAUGGUUCAAGUUUUGGCUGUAGUAUUUUAUUUUUGUUCUUUUCUGAGAACAUAUUUUGUGUGGUGUGUUGGGGACCUGUGUGUAUAUCCAGGGAUGAGUUUUACUGAAUGAUGAAUUCUACUCAAAAACUAGAAAACUAGUUUGAGAAGACUUGAACUCUAGUCUAUUUAUUUCUUUUUAUCAGUGCAACUGGUAUGUUUUAAAGUAUCUAGAGGGAUUGGUCUGUGCUGCAUUUAUUUGUUCCUAGUUAACAAAGCACAGUAAGAUUAUGCUUAUUUUUUGUUUUGUCUUGCAUACUGCAGGCCUUUCUUUUUUUAUUUUGUAUUUUUAUUUUUUUAUGAGCAUCAUAUGUGCAUCUAUGACAGUGCACAAUGUUGAUUGAGAUCUUGUUGCUUUGUCAUCCUUUGUUGUGUUCAGUGGAGCAGGUUCAGUCAGCACAGAUUUUCUGUAGGCGAAAAAGCCACUGAAUGUAUAACCGAUGGGAACACUAUUCCCUUCUUUCUCUGUUCCAUAGCUUCACAACAAAAUCAGUAAUUUCAGUUUCCAGUCACAGAUUGAAACAGGUGUGUACUGUAGUCUGUGCUGUUCACUUAUUUAUUAUACUUUUGUUGCUGUUGCUGAGUAUAUUGCUUACAUGCCUGUUUUAAUAUAGAACUACAUCAAAUUUUUCUGGAUGAAUCUUUGCUCACGUAUUUUCAAAAAGACAUCUUUGGGAUGCCUUAUUACAUGCUGUUGAACAGUAGAGAACACAAAACAAUAUUUCCUGAAGCACCACAUUUAUGGUUUAUGUAGUGUGAUUGUUUUCUGUGUCUGGAUAUCGUAUUAGACACUGCAAUUGCCUCUGUUGGACGUGUGAUGUGUCUUGCUGAGAGUCUUUGGAAGGUCUGGCUCUUUAGUCUGUGUUGAGGCAUGCAUGUAUGCAAUUUACCCAAUGAAACAUAUAGUCUUCUGGAAAUGUUAUUCCUUCAUGUUACUUUUAUAUUACUAAUUCUUUGAGCUGCAAUUACUCAUAUCGUGUAGUAAUUGAUAAUUAUUUUUUUCUCAGCAGUGAACUAAAGCGGAAUAAUUUGGCAUUAGAUGCCAACCAAAAAUAUGUAAAUGGUACCUUUGCCAUAGUUUUAAACUGAGAUAUAUGAAUAUAUAUAAAUAUAUAAAUAUAUUUUAUUUAGUAUUAUCAUUUUAUUGUUACUAACAUAUUUGAUUGUCAUAAGAUAAGAAUAUUGGUCAUUGAAAGUGACCAGCAUUGGUGCGACUAAGUCUCCGAUGGGGGUAAGAAGCCUCUAUCUGUGAAACCAGCAACCAACACCCUGUUUUCAUAGUCAUUACUUCUCAUAAAUACAAUGAAAAUCUACAGUACAGUACAGUACAAAACAAAGUUAAUGUAUAGGUUAAACAAGUAUGUGCAUUUCCAAACAUACGCAUACUGAUGCAUGUGUACUUGUGCACUACCUGUUUUCUUCUAAUAUAUUAAUUAGUAUGUUAUGAUUUAAUUGCUUAGAAUAAUUUUUAAAAUGGGUAAAGACUGAAAAACCUCCAGUGAAUUGUUUUUUUUCCCUAAUAUUUGGGGGGAAUAGUAUGCCUCUAGGUUUGGUCGAAAGCACAAUGGACCAUUAGUUAUGUAAAUUGGUUCUGUCUGGAGAAUCUGAAAUUCUUCAUCCAUUAGAAUUUCAUAUCCAAUGGUUCUUUUAAAUCGAGUGCAUAUUCACAAAAUCGAUCAGUGAAGGAAUUUCCCCCCUCUAUGGAUCCAAACUUGUUAGAUUUAUUGUCUUAUCGCUGCGCUCUUAUUGUUGGGCAGGAUGCAGGCAAAGUCAUACUCAGUUAUCUGCUCGUUCAAAGUUUUGUAGAACUUUGUAGAGUUCACUGCAGAAUUAUGGAACAUCAGUGUUUGAAUGUUACUGUUUGAUAGGUGGCUGUUAAAUGCGAAGGCCAGUUUUUGGAGUGAUGUUUAUAGGAGUGAGAAAUUUAAUUGUGUGCCUUUAGCACUGGGGUUGUGAUGGAUUACUUUUCACUGGCAGGAUGGUACUUUUCUGUUCAAAUUUAUCUUCUAAAGAUAAAUGUUAAUAUCUAGGCAUGUUUCAAAAUGUGUGCCUGUACUGCUUCAUUCUAUUGUUACUAAGCCUUGCAAUGUGCAUGCUAGGCAGUGCUUAUUGAAAAUUGGAAAAUGAUGAAUUUGUAUGUGCAGGGAUUAGCUUAUAUGUUUCAACAAAUUGUGUGUACCGUAGUCAAAAUGUGUGAAAUGAAACGUGAGUUGUAUGACCACAGGUCUGUGGUGGAUCAGGAUCGAGUUAUAUAAGGAAAGGAGGGAAAGCUAAGAUAAUGAUGCUGGUCAUCCCACAUAAAAGUAUUGUAAUAAAUCUUACAUUUUUUUAUAUUGGUAGUAUCUCCUCCCACACACAGAUACACACACAAAAAGCACGUUAUUUUUCCUGUCUUUGAUACAAAUUACUAUUAAUGCACUUUUAGUUUUUUGAACCAUGACUAUUCAAAAAAAUGUUCUUGCGUUGCUUGGAGGCAAGAAUUUGAACAUGAAGAAUGAAUCUUGCUUUUGCAGGUUGUAUAAGUAUCCAAUCCCUUGCAAAUACUUAUGGUUUCAAAUGAAAUUUUGUGUUUAAUAGUAAUCAUAAUUUGGAAUUUUUUAUUUCUCAUAUUGUCAAGAAUUGUAUCAUUGUGAAUGUGGUUGGAUUGUAAUGAUUCACAGUUUCCAUCUUCAGAGUUUAACAGUAAGAAAAUAGUGAAGAAUAAAUUAGGAAAAUUUUAUUAAUCCUCUAUGUUUUUGUCUGCAUCUUGCCUCAAAAUGCUUUGGAUUAUGUCUACUACUUGAAAGUACAUUUUAAGCAAACUACAUUGUAGUGAGACCCCUAUAAAGAAAAAGCAAAUUAUAAAUAUUUUCCCCCUUUUCCGUCCCUAACCAAACCAAUUCUAUAACUAUGAAAAUUAAGUGAAAGAACUGUACAGUAAAGAAAGAUUUAUGAGAAAGACAUAAUUUUAAUGAGCGAGCUAAAGUUACAAAAGGGAAAAAUUGUCAGUUACGCUUACUCUGUGCAGGAAGUUUAAUAAAAGAAAAUUUGUGUUUGUGUUAACGGAAGACUUGAGUUUGAACAGGCAGCAGCCCCACCGCUGGGAGUGUGGGCUGGCUAGAACGAUCUCUCAAUGUGGAGUGUUUGUAUGUGAGUCAAGUGUAUGUGUGAGCGCCUGAGCAUGUGCGAUGGCUAGCAUGUGAACUUUAUUCUUGGUAUUCAGUUAUAGACAAAAGAGUAUAUAAACAAAUAAAGAGCACUGAUAUAUAUAUACAUAUAUAAAAAAGAUUUAAAUAAAGGUUUGAUAGAGGAAAAUGUGAUAGGCCAUUUUCAUGUACAAUUUGUUUUGUUCUCUGGUUUCAAGACAAAGGCAUCUGCUACAGAGCCUGCCUGAGCACGAACGUACUUAUAUUUUUUUAAAAAGCAUUAACGGAAUCUCUUUAUAUUGCUACAUAGAGCUGACAGCCUUAUUUCUAAGACUGUUAAUGGUAUGCUACAUUUCAGUUCCUUUCCUUGUAAAAAUACUGAAAGGGACAGGAGAAACCUCUGGAAUUUGAAUUUUUUAGAAAUUCAUGUAUGUAUGCCUUAUAUGCGUGCAUGCGUUGUUAAAUCUGGUGUGUUAUCUUUGUUAGAAUUCUCUAUGUGUCCACAAUAUCAACUAAAAUCAAAAUGCAUUGUUUGUGUGAUACAGUGGUGGAUGAGUGGACAAAAAUUAUACCUAUGACUUGGUAUAAGGUACGUU